AGAGUGGUAAAAUGACGUUCACAUUCACUUGCGCCAGCGACUAUUCCGCAGUCGCGCACCGUGAACCGAGCCCGCCGCUUCCAUUUUCAAACGUGAAUUUUUUUUCCGAUUCGUGUGUGUUGCCAGUUACGGUGACAGGACAACCUUUUUUUUAACUGAACCAAAAUGGCGACCAGUCGGCACUGGACGAGUUUUGCUGCAUUCCUAACAAUAGUGGCGCUGACGUCCUGCGCGCAAAUCGAAGACCCAUGCAAGACAAAGUCGCGGGUUGUCGCAGACGAUAAGUACUGCGACAAAUACUGGGAAUGCGACAACGGUCAGUCGAUACAGUACGACUGCCCUAAUGGACUGGUCUUCGCUGGUAAACAUCGGGGAGUCACAGAGGGCUGCGAUUAUCCGUGGCGGUCGAACUAUUGUGAAUACCCUAAAGUACAAAUAAACCCGCCAAUCGGCACGGAGCAUUGCGACUGGCUGUACGGCAUCUUCGGGCACGAGACGUCCUGCACGCGGUACUGGACGUGCUGGAACGGCACCGCCACCGAACAGCUCUGCAUCGGAGGGCUGCUGUACAACGAGAACGCGCACUCUUGCGACUGGCCCGAGAACGUCGACGGCUGUCAGAAGCACCCACUCUGCAAUGACGACCCCAACGGCAACGUGCCUCUCGGGAAAUCCUGCAACCGCUACUGGCAGUGCCAGGGCGGCUACCCUCGUCUGCAACGCUGCCCUGCCAUGCUGGUCUUCGACAGACGUUCCCUGAGAUGUGUAGUACCCCCUACUGAAGAUUGUGAUAUCCCGUCUACCACGACACCGUCACCAGAGGAAGAGGAAAACAGACCGAUCCGUUACCCACAACUCCCACAAGCAACCCGACGAGCCUCCACGACACAAAGGACGCGCCGCCACAAUCCAAGCGGCCACCUCAGAACCAGGAGUACCAAGAAGCCCAGCCUGGACGUCCCCGGCCUAGGAACUAACGUGUAGGAUAUUCUACAUGUUUCCAUAUUCCGUCCUUCACAUUUCUGGGAAAAUAUCCUUUCUGAUUGGUCAGUCAAAAACUCGUUCCCACCAUGUGAACUUUUUCUGAGCUCCCUGUAAUUGUGGCAUACUUAGAUGUAAAAUGUAUACUGAACCUUGGUUUUUAUUUGAUGCAUCAAAUCUGUCUAUUUGCUACGGGUUAAAUAACAUGGUAGAAACAUUUACAUCUUCAGCAGUAUCACAGGAGGACACAUAGAUAGAUCACCCUAUUACACCAGGAUCUUUUCCGACACCUUAAGAUACUUUGUCAAUAUUGUUCGUAGCCAAUGUUCUAACGUAAGAUUUCUUGAGCAUCAUAUUGUAAAGGCUGUCUAACUGUAACCAUUCACAAAAGUCUAUCAACAGCUAAGCAUGCCACACCAACGGAACUCAUAAGUGUAGAAGUAUUUAUACUUCAUUGUUUAGAUUAGUCAUGUAAUUAUUAAUUUGUAUUCGUAAUUGUAAAGAUUUAAAGAUAUUUAUAGGGAGAAUACUCAAAGCGUACCCGUAUGAAUCUGAAAUUCUUUUUAGACUGUGAUUAAAUAAUGUUUUCGUUUCAAGUUACAGAUUGAAAGAAAAUAAGUUUUGAGUCCCUACUUUGUUAAACAUAGUAAUUUGUGAAGUUAUUACAUGGUACAAAACAAAGCAGAGCUAAAAUAGAUCUUAUUGUAAGUUAUCGCAACACAUAAAAUAUUAAAAUGCCGUAAAACAACAGAAAUUCAAAGUAAAUUGCAAUAAUAUUGCGUAUAAAAACCUUUCUCCUGUCCAAAUGUGUUAAAAAAUAUGUAGCAUCUUUUGGUAUAAUAUAAUGCGACUAUAACGUCCGCGAAAGUUCCAGAAACCACUCGAACUUCGGCAAUUUCGAAGUCGUUCGACAUUUCGUUUUGUAAUGUUCAACGAUAUUGGUUAUAUUUCGGAGUAGACCCUUGCCCCUUGCUUGAUCGAUUAUACAUGUUUUAGCCGACCGAAAACCGUUUAACUUCAAGUAUAUUUCUACUUAGAGUGAGGCACCUUAACUAAAUUGGCUUUUGCAAAUUAGAAUUUUCUAUAUUAUAGCUGUUGUUUCUUUAGUAACAUUAAGUCAAGACUUAUUGUAAGGUUUUUAAAAUAUAGAGUUACAUAAAUAUA